CCUCUUCCACUCACACCGUCCUUCAACCCAUCCAUCCAUUCGUUGUUGUUGUUAGAGCGGUGAUGGAGAAGCAGAGGGACCGCGACCGGUGCUGCUAGCUAGCAACGAUUCAAGCCAGGCUAAUAAACAGAGACAGAGAGAAAGGAGAAGAAAACAAACGGACCGGAGGGAGAGAAAUGGAAACGGUUGAGCAACUCGUCUCUUUCCACCACAUUCAGGUCCAAUUGAGCGGGGGCGCGCCUUGGGGGUUCACGCUGAAAGGAGGGCUCGAGCACGGCGAGCCACUCAUCAUCACUAAAAUCGAGGAUGGAGGGAAGGCCGCCCUGUGCAAGAAGCUGAAAGCCGGCGACGAGCUCAUUAACAUAAAUGGAUCCGCCCUCUACGGCAGCAGACAGGAAGCCCUCAUCCUCAUUAAGGGAUCGUACCGGAUACUGAAGCUCGCAGUCAGGAGGCGCAGUGUUCCUUUCAUCAGGCCUCACUCCUGGCACCUGGCAAAGCUGUCGGAGCAGCCCCUCCCUCCCCCUCCUCCAUCUCCUCCUCCUCCGCCUUGCCUGCCUCCCGUCGACUCCCCUCCUCUCCCCCCUCCGCCCCCUCUGUCUGCCAUGCAGGUCCACCCCGGCCCGUACACACUACCCUGGCACACAACUGACAACAGUGACUUAUCCUUGCAGUGGGGUCAGCUGUCCAGACCUUACUCCUCCACAGACCGAAGCAGUUCCCUGGGCUCCAUGGACAGCUUGGACACACCGACACCAACCGCACAGCAGUACUCUGACUCCCAGAAUUCCCCCGUUGACCCCACCCUUUUCAACAACAACAGGGACUCUGCCUACAGCUCAUUCUCUGCCAGCUCAAACACAUCCGAUUACGCGACAGUGCCACUGAGGCGCGGUGACGCCUGCUCUAUGGAUAACCUGCUUCAGAGCCUGGGGCCGGCUUGUCGAGGCUACCCUGGUGGUGAUACCGCAACCCUGCGGAGUUCAUAUGGUGAGGUCCCGGAUGAGAUGCAGCUUAUUGUACUCAAGUCCAGGUCGCUGACCAGGCCAAGACCAACACCUGUUGAGGUAAAAGAAAGGCCUUCCUCCUGCUGUUAUGAGGAGGAGCGGAGGGGAGGAGACUUUGACAUUGUAAGAAAUGAAGAAAGAGGAGCUGAGAGAAAGAUGAACCCUCCUCAGCCUCCAACCAGGAAGGACAGCUUUAGGGCAACUCGGAGUCGCCCUAAUGCCACCAACAAACGCUGCGUCUCCGCUCCAAUUGAAAUUUCCAGUGAUUCUUUUUACCGUGACAAAAACAGGUCUUCAUUGAAUGUUGAAUCAGGAAUUCAUAAUGGCUUCGCUGCACCAGAAGAAGGUGACAAAACUGGGAUUUUCAAAGAGGAUACCUUAGACUUGCACUAUACCAAAAGACAAACUGAAGACAUCAGACAUAUCAAAUGUGAUACAAGUGCAAAUAAAGACUGCAAUUCAGAGACCACUUCAGAUCACCUCGCUGAUCCAGUGACGGCCUCCCUUGUCCCCAUCACCUCCUCUAGUCCUUGCUCCUUACCUGCGGAGGCCUCCACAGACGUUCAAGAGGAGUCUCAUGUAACUCACUCGCAGAACAAGCACUCCUCUACGGGGCUUCAUCGGAACAGCGCCCCAGAUAAGCUCCUCUCUACACAACUUCAGUUAUUGCAGUUUAACAGUGAUGGCUCUUCAUCGGAGCCUUACAAUCCGUCAGGAACUUCAGAUCCCUCCUUGUCCUCCUGUAGCAGCCAGUGGUCCCGUUCAUCACUCCAGCCCACGAGGGAAGACCAAGAAGAUUCUCACAACCACCUCCAUGCGCCAUCAAACAAAUGGGGAGAGAGCCGUUGCUCGACCCUACAGGACGGGGAUGAGGAUGAUGGAGAUUCAGUUGUUAGGCUGAAAGGGAUGGAUGUAAAUGGAAGGUCCCCUCCACCAAUGGAGCAUCACCACCCUUGGGGACGCUCUGUAAGCGUACCGGGGGACCCGGCUGGAUCGUCAACCCAGGGAAGCUUGAGCUCUGACCAGAUAAUAGAGAGAGAUUUUGAGCCUCUUAGUGCUGCUGCCAGCAUGGACACCUUACUGGAGGAGCAGAGAGCAGUGGAUAGAGGAGGAAGUGGGGAUAAAAGUGAGCAGGGUGUGGCAGGAGAGACCGACAUGAAGAGGACAAACGUGUCCAGGAACCAUCGUCGGAACCGUCGUCGUAGCGAACGAUUUGCUACCAACCUCCGCAAUGAGAUCCAGAGGAAAAAGGCCCAGCUUCAGAGGAGCCGUGGCCCAGGAGGGUUGCUGUGUAGUGGGGAAACUGUCCAGGAGGAAGAGGGUCCAGACCUCAAUGAGGAAGGGGCAGACCUAGACCUGCCUGCCCAGGAGAGGAGUACCAUAGUUAACUCGCAUGCUAGUCCCCAAGAUGCCGACACCGUGGCACCAGUUGAGAGAGCAACAAUCUCUCGUGACCCAAACCAUGAUGUCUUGCAGACUCAGUCAACGACCUAUACUCAAAACAACCUAUCCAGGUCGGUCCAGAUUCUGGACCCAGGAGUGCCUAAUUUUGGUGUCAGUGUCCGAGUCGUGGAGGAACCAGCCCCUGCUGGCAAAGCCCGUCGCUGGCGUUGGACCCCAGAGCACAAACUCCAACCAGAACCAGAACGCCGGUGUGGAGUUUUGAGUGAGAAGGUGUUGGGAGUCACAGGGUCCCGGCAUGGGGUUUGUGUCUUCACCUCCUCAUCCAAGUCCUCAUACAGUCGCUCCUCUUCCUGUUCACGGAUGGAUGAGUCAGAUAUCCUUCCGUUUGCAGAUAGAAUGAAGUUUUUCGAGGAGACGAGCAAGGGUAUGUCUGGGCCAAAUGCUUUGAAUCUGUCGAGUCGCAGGCAGAAGAAACCUUCCCACCAUCCGGAGCUCCAGGGAGGAGAGCUCGGUCAGCACUCAACUCAAAGGAGAUACUCCUACCAGGGAGGACUUCAGCAGGAAAGUGCCUUGCUUCCAAACACUGUGGAGGCCAGGAGGCUGUCUGUGAGUUCCAGCAGGGAGAGGCAAAAAGAGCAGGAGAGGGAACAAGUGAGAGAGAGGGAGGAGAGGACAAGGGAACGCGAGAGGGAAGAGAGGCUUAGAGAAAAGGAGAAGCAGCAGGAGAGGGAAUUAGAAAUGGAGAGGUCAAGGCUGAGGGAGAUUCAGCGGGAGAGGGAACGAGAGGAGAGGGUGAGACAGUGGGAAAGGGAAAGAGAGAGGGAGCUUGAGUUGGAGAGAGAAAAAGAGAUGGAGAUGGCCAGAGAGAAAGAGCUUGAAAGAGAGAAGGAAAGGGAAGAAGAUGCUCAGCUCAGCUCACAUCAGGAGUUGUAUGGCAUCAAAGAAAGAAAUCCUGACUUUCAACACAAUUUCCAGCCUAAGACUCCGGCGUUCUCCAAUAGCCAAACCCAGAAUCAAGUCCCACGAUCAGCUUUUUAUCCUGUCAAUACCCCUUCCCAGCCCAUGGAGAACCAGCAACCUCUUCCCCAGGGUUACACAGCGAGGAGCUACACACCUACAGAGACGUAUCCUGCCCGGCAACAGGAAGCGACCAAGCUCAACAGGAAGUACAGCCUGACUGAGAGGGACUACUCCAGCUGGAGACGGGAGUCCAGGCCUCCAGAGGGCAUUAAUCAGCAUCAUCAGCACCCUCAGGGUCGAUCGGGCCACAGACAGGCUGACGGAGACCAUGAUGCUCGCAACGGGUACGCGUUUGCUCCCUCGGCGGCUCCUCUCUCACUCCGAGGACGCGCCAUGUCCGAGAACGACCUCCGCUUCGACAGCAGCCACCGCUGGUCGCCGUCGAUUUCUGCGACGACCAGCCAGACGCUGAGCGAGGUGGAGGAAUGGGCGGGCGGAGUCAGGGGAGGAGAAGCUGCCAACACCGCCCAGCCAAACAGGAGGAAGACUCCACCUCCCCCGAGACCGCCGCCCCCAAAAUGGGAGCAGUUUCACCGCAGGCGCGCGUCUCACCACACCCUCUUCUCCUCCUCUUCUUCUCCUCACUCUGUCCCUCCCUCCUUUGACACCGCAGAAGGACACUAUUCGACUAACUCCUCUUCAUGCGUCCCUCCGCUUGACACGUCCAGACAGAGGUCCUACAGUCUUCCUCCAGAGAGGCCGGAAGUGUCGGAGGGCUGCCCGCGAUGCAGCUGCAGCCAGACCCAGGAGCACCGAUACCCUCACGCCUCAUCCAAUCAGAAUCAACCAAAAAUGCAGGAACACCCCUUCUCCCACGCUCCAUCCAAUCAGAAUCAGGUUCCGUUUCAGGAUCGGUCCUUUGCCGUUACUCCGCCAAGUCCCAUGUUCUCCAGGAGGGCGUUCAGACCAGUGGCUCCGCCCCAGAAAGAGAGGGACGUGAGGGGCACGUAUGGACAGCAGGAGAGGGUGGAGGUUUUAUCAACUUUUCCCCCAUGUCCACCGCCACCUACAGAAAACCGCACGAGCAGUUUAUCCGAGAUGAUCGUUAACUCCGACCAGAGCAGAGUAACAGUGAAACCUCACAAACCCCAGUCCAACGUGAGACCAGGAGCCGAGUGGGAGCGAGCCCCAUCUCCCAGAGUUCGUAGCGACUCAACACAUCCACCUGUCUUAGAAAAUGGAGGCGUUGGCAGGGUUCUACCUGAGUCCUACUUCUCCGUAGACUACGAGCAGCAGCAGCUUCGUAUGAGCAGAGGCUUUCAGAGCAUCGAGCCCCAGAAGCUCCCCGAACCAGGAACCGAAUCCGAGACGACCCUCAGCCCGAGUCCUGCGCAGAGCCUGGACGCAGACCUGGACAUCCCCAUGGAAACAGACAUCGAUGACUUCCAGGAGGAUGACGGACUCCCAGCGGUGGCGGAGCCGAUCACCAGCGAGCUCCCUUGCUUUGCGCUGCCAGUUACGGUCUUGGAGACGGACAUCGACACCUUAGCAAACUCUAGCGAGGCCUCGCCGUCGGGCAGGACGAGGGCGGAGAGCGGCUCCGUGGAGGAGGAGCUGGAGGCAAGGGAGAGCAGCAGAGAGCGGCUGAGCCUGGAGGAGCUGUUCCCCCACAGCAGUGAGGGAGAGUCGGGCAGGGAGAGCUGGAGAGGGGCCUACCAAACCACAGAGCACAGCACCGACAGCUUGGAUAGGCGCUCCGGUGCGAGCUCCAGCUGUUCGUCCUAUUACAGCACGUCGACAGCCAAAGCGCAGCUGCUGUCGCAGAUGAAGGACUUCACUGAUAACAGGGAGAGGGACGAGGACGACGAGCUGACCUACAAGAAACAGCUGAUGGAGAGCCUCCGCAAGAAGCUGGGAGUGCUGAGAGAAGCUCAGAGGGGACUGCAGGAGGACAUCAGAGCCAACGCACAGCUGGGAGAGGAGGUGGAGAGCAUGGUGGUGGCGGUGUGUAAGCCCAACGAGGUGGACAAGUUCCGCAUGUUCAUCGGCGACCUGGACAAGGUGGUGAGCCUGCUGCUGUCUCUGUCCGGCCGGCUGCUGAGAGUGGAGACCACGCUGGAGACACUGGACCCCGAGACGGAGCACCAUGAAAGGCUCCCCCUGCUGGAGAAGAAGCGUCAGCUCCUGAGGCAGCUGUCGGAGGCCCAGGACCUGAAGGACCACGUCGACCGCCGAGAGCAGGCCGUCAGCCGGGUGCUGGCCCGCUGCCUGUCCCCCGAGCAGCACAGAGACUACAGCCACUUUGUGAAGAUGAAGGCGGCGCUGCUGGUGGAGCAGAGGCAGCUGGAGGACAAGACCCGGCUGGGAGAGGAGCAGCUGAGGGGGCUGAGGGAGAGCCUGGGACUGGGGCUGGGAAUCGGAAUGGGAAUGUCGAUGGGAUACGGACAUUAUUGAAAGGAAAAAAUAAAAUAAUUUUUUUUUUUAAAAGAGAUGAAGAAGCAGGGGCUUGUAGUCACACUAAGUCAGUUCCAAGACAACAAGUGAAGGAGCAGAGAGGAUCGAGACCCGUUUAGGAUUUAAAAGAGGUAGCAAACACAAACAUUGCUUUGCCGAGUCUCUUAAAGGAAUAGUUUGACAUGCGUUUUGCGAAAAGAUCACCACCACUGUCAUGUCUGCCAGCACCUCAGAAAAUCCCCGUUAUAUACAUGUUACAUCAUGUUUGACGGGCCAGACUAGUUCUUAGCCGGGUGGAGUCUUUAUGCUUAGCUAAGCUAACUGUCUUCCAGCUGUUAGCUUCAUAUUUAGCAAUCCAAAAAUGUCAAACUCUUGCUUUAAGGAUUAGCACACAUGUAGAUUCACAAGUUGCAGGAUCAGACCAACCCACCUAGAGCAGCUAAAAACACCCCCGAGAGUUUUUAGGUAACACCUGCUGGCCAAGACCUAAACAGGAGGCCUUAGUCCGGGGGGGGGGGGGGUCAACAAGAGAAAAGAUUGGACUUUAGUGGUACAGCCCAGGAAGAAACGACUGAGAAAAGGAAGAAAGUUGAGCAUACCUCACAGAAACAAUUAAUUAGAGACUUCAGACAUUUUAAAAUACAACAAAUACACAAGAGACGUAUGGACAACUUGUCUCCAGAACUGUGAUUAGAGAGCCGAGGGCAUGUUGGUGGUUAGAGAGGAUUAAUGGAUUUGGACAAAGAAACAACAGUUUGUGAACAUAGACGCCAAUGAAAAGGAUGUUUUUCACUUUAAAAAAAAAGAAAAAAAAAAAUUUAAAAAAAAGAAUAAAUUAAAAAAGUAUACCUUCUGAUUCCCAUUAAGUGCCUGAAACAUGUAGUGUAAAACUGUACUAAUGACACUACUCUUCUUCUAACACUACGUUGCCAAAGACAUUUUCUCUUGAUGAAUGUGUCGUUGACACGCUGCUUUUGUUGUUGUCGUGUUUUCUUUUGUAUUUAAAUCUCCCGGUUCAGAGAACCGAGACUUUUGUUUUUGGGUGCUACACGCUGAGAAACUGUGUUUCAACACUAGUCCAUACUAGUCCAUACACAACACUAGUCCAUAUUGAUUGUGAGAUGCGACAUUGUCAACUGCAAUCUCGUUUUGUAUUCACCUUUGUUCGCUGGCUGACACCUGCAUUCAGCAAUACGUAUACUGUAUUACCUACCAUACUCAACAUAUCACUUUGUAUUCCCAUUACUGUAACAUGUUUCACUGUGUGGAGUUUGACACUCCACCGACUCGUUAUAUUGUCACUAAAUAACUGUUAUGUACAGAAGACACUUGUGUUUAUAAUGUAUACGAUGUGUAAAUAGGGAUUUUGUUUUGGAAGGACUGGAAUCGGUUG